AUGACCACCGGAUUUCUCUUCUCCAUCCUGUGGCUCAGGAAAACCGACAAUUGUUUUAGAGGCGUAGCUUCAUAUGAUCUUUGGAUCUGGCACGCGUUUUUCGGACUUCCAGAUUGUUUAUUCGCUUCAUAUCAAGAACAUUACCGAAAAGAUGUGGAGCGUGCUUUCGGAGUCUUGCAAGCUCGAUUUGCUAUUGUCAAAAACCCGGCUCUUUCAUGGGAUAAGAAUUCCAACAACAAACAGGAGACAGUAAUGCACAAGUGGAAUAUAAUGAUGUCACUAGAGGAGUGCCUAUAG